AAAAUAGUGGAAAAUGUAUUGGCGCGAGUCCAGCGCACAACCGUAGUAAAUUUAGCAGCGGCAUGUGUAGUGCGUAAAUUUUUAUUUUCUACUGUUGUUUCAUACUUAUGCCAGUUUGGUGAACUUAAGUGUCGUUGGUUCCAGGUUGUAUGCGAAUGAAUAUACCAAUCAGUGAUGUUUUGCAAGUAGGGCGGAUGACGGGUUUUAUUCAUAUGUACAACCAUGAACGAGACAGUCAAGGAACAACGCACUGGCUCGGAUCCAAAAGCUAAAAAACGAAUAAGUGGGUUAUUUGCAGCUUUUAAAUGGUUUAAAAUUAGAUCAGAUGAAGAUGAGUUUAGUGGUGCAUCGCGAUGUAUCACUAGUUCUAGUUUAGAAACCGUGGCUACAGAUGGAAGUUUUUGGUUUGUGACGCCAGCAAUUUGUGAGAGUAGGAUGGUUAACGAGAAACACGUCCCGACAGGUCCAAAGACCGACAGUUAUAAAAUUGGUCCUCUGCAAAGGGCUCAUAGUGGGCAAGCCGGCAAAAAUAUGACACUUCUAAAAAAAUAUAGCCCCAUAUUGCCCCAGGAAGGAAUACUCAAGCACCAACAACCCUUGGAUUAUGAUCGAAAUUCAAAGAGUUUACCUUUGAAAAUUAACGCAGAUGAUAAUAAAAUAAAACCCGAUAAGAUGCAUCGGAGAACUAACAGUGAAUUGUCUAAGCGGAAGGCAGAAGGAAUGUUUAUACAUGUCAAAGGGAAGCGAAAAGCUCCUCAGCCUCCUGAAAUGAUUUUUUCAGUUUCAAUCAGUCUAAAUGACGAACAAAGAUUAGCUGCACGAAACCCUUCAGUCGUUGAGAUGUAUAAUGGUUUAGAAAAACCGAUUAUAUCUAACGACUGUCUAAAAUUGGAAAAUGGAAUACUGACGCCGCUAAAGGAAAAUCUGAAACAACCCAAUAAUCAUCUUGCUAUUUGUUCGUCUCCGUCGAAAAGUAACACGUUUAAGGAAACCUUUCCUCCUAGACCAUGAACACCCCCGGACGCACCCCCCCUGCCCAGAAAUGACGCCAAUUUUGAUUCACCUAGUAGAUGAACUGUUUUUUUAAUACUUAGAUUUUAUUGUUUGAUUGUGUUAGAGGUGCAAAUUGAUGAAACGCCACCUGAAUUUGGAAGGUUACCCGAGGUCCCUUUUGUGAAGCAUUUGGCGACAGGUCUCAGGCAACUUUAUACCAGCGAAAAGUUUGGAGAAAAAAAAAAUGUAAUCAAUGAAAAGGAAGAGCUUUCUACUAACAUAAGAAAGUGCGAUAAAGACAAAUCCGAAAUAAAUCAAAGUAAAGAUUCGGCAAUAGUUCAAAAACUUGAGAUUAAAAAAUCAACAGACGAUAUGCAAUAUACUGACCGAACGUGUCCCAAAGAGUCCCAUGCUGGUGAUGUGAAUCUCAAAUUUGAUAUCAUAACCGCAAGGCAACAAGUUAAACAUCUUGUAAAACCAAUAAAUUUGGAUACAGCAUCAGAAAAGGAAGAACAACUACCAAGCACCAUUGAAAACAAAACCGAGAACUAUCAGAACUCACAAACUAAGGCUUCUUACAACUUAUCAAAGUCGGAAACAGCAAGCUCUAUUAAUAAUAAGAACACUUGGACAUGUAAAAAGUGCAAUUUGAAUAACGAGCAUUGGAGAGUCCUAUGCAGCAAGUGUUUCUAUAAAAAAACAUGCUUUGACGAUUUAUCUCAUUCCGUGUGUUCUCUUUCUUCGAGAGAUGGUAACUCAACACAUCGACAGCUUGGGCGAUCUAAAACGCAGACGCAAUUUCCUAUCUCCAUGGAGUAUGAGACGAUUUCUGCUGGUAGUUUGACAGAAACCUUAGAAAAAAAGAUAGACCACGACGGAUUAAAGAAAAUGUUGAUCGAUAUGAAAAAUUCGUUACCCAAACGCAAACGCCACAUUUUGACAAAGCAAAAAGUGGAAAACGACAUUAUUUUAGAAAGACUCAAAAUUCCUCAAGGCAAAACCAGCGAGAGCGACGAGCACACCAGAAAAAAAAAUACAAGUGAUACAACCGAACUCAUAGAAAAGGCGCGCGAGGAUAUACCAAAUAAACUUGAUAAAGGCGCACCAAAACUUUAUGAAAAUGUUCUAGAAUGUAAACAGGCAUUCGACCAUAAUAUUAGAUCUGACCAAUUAAGCAUUAAAUCGUGUCUACCUAAUGAGAGAAUUAGCUCCGACGUUCAAAGGCGACAAAUUUCCGAGCUUAUCGUUGGAACAGCAGUUACAAUUUACGAAAAAAUUAAUGUUAGAGCGGAUUCGUCACUAAUAAAAGAGAAUACCACUGGAAACUGCCGUGAACAAGUGAAAGCAAUUGUGCCUGAAUUAGCUUCAAAUAACAGCAUUCUUGACUUCAAAACGAACACGGCUUAUCAGCUAAUAAAGAAACAAGAUUUUGAGGACAUAUAUUCUACUAAAAAUCACAGUCCACUUUAUGCAAAUCUAGCACAAAAAGAUGAACUGUCAUUGCUUAAUAAUAUUCCAAGAAAGUUAAAUGUAGAACAUUCAACCAAUUGCAUGACAGAAGAUAGUUUAAGUAUAGAUAUCAACAGGUUGUUCAGAAGACUGGAAGAGGCUAUUUCUAUAGGUGAUAUGAGUGAGGCUGCUGAUCUUGCGAAAAGACUUGCUCAACUUCAAGUUAAUUGCUCUGUGAUCAGGCAUCAUGUGGAAACUCCGACAGAUCUCCCAGGGUUUAACAUAGAAAUGUACAUAGAAGACAAGAUUUCUCAUCGGGGGCCAUUUUCACUAACAGUAAUCCCAUCGCAAACGGUAGCAGCGUUGAAACAGCAAGUGUUCAAAAAAUUUCAAAUUCCAGUAGAAGUUCAAAGAUGGAUCUUAGGAAACGUGCUUGUUUUGGAUGAUGACUGCACGUUGGAGGAGUUCAGAAUAGCAGCGGGAAGUUCAGUUUUCCUAUAUUUAGUAUCACCAGAUAAUGGUCUUCCAGACAUUCAUCCAGUUUCAAGCCAUUUUACGCAAACUGACAUAGGAACUUCGGCAGUGAUCUUAGCCGCAGCUGGUCUAAGCAGAAAUGAAUCUGAACUGAAAAUUCAACCACUCUCACGAAGGACAACUAAUUUGAAGGGGCAUAUUUCCGCCGUAUCAGGCACUACCGCAAAAGCAACAGAAAUAGUGUUGCCCGAUUCCCUUCAGAAGAAAUUAAUUGGCCAGAAUAAUACGCAAAACACAGAUAUUAAAAUGGUUGAUGUAAAAAAAGAUUUGUAUCAGAAUAAACUAAUAUUCAAUCUUCCAUCAAAACAUGAAAGUAAACUUGAGAAAUGUGCCAGCAUUAAUGCAAACCUCAAGACCGUAUUGAACAGAAAUUCCAACUUAAAUGUCAUAGAAGGAAAAGAGGAAGGCAUAUUCGAACAAGGGUUAACAAAUGCAAAAGUUAAAAAUACGUUUACUCCGAAGCAAAAAUUACUACCUUUAGAACUUGGGAGGAAUGAACCUUCAUUCCACUUAGACCAGUAUAAAACCAAUUUAAAAAAAAAAAAUGAAGAUCUAAUAACAAACAUAUCGGCGACCAUAGCACCAUGUUUCAUACAAAACGAAGCCAAACAAGAUGGCAUUGUUGGAGUAGCAUCCUUGGUCUCGAAUAAUUCACCCACCUCUCGACAAGUUCGUUUGGAAGAUCUAGCUGUCAAUAUUACGUGUCAAACCCAUAAACCUAAAGAGAUUGGAACGAGCUCUGUUGAAGUGACAUAUCCCGAUUCGCACGAAAUUAAACACAAAACGUUGAUUGCUUGUAAUGGCGAAACUAACUCUACGGUAGUGGAAGAUAUUAAAAUUGAAGAUUCCAAAACCGGGCACCCUGCCAAGGAAUGGGAGUGUUAUCGAUGCACCUUACUUAAUCCAGGAUCUUGCAAUAUUUGUGAGAUUUGCGGCACUUCUCGCUUAAGAAAGUCGAUGAAGAAAAAGGCGGCUCCACAGCCAAAAAUAUAUCAUCAUCUGUUGAACUUAGACAGUACGGACUUGGUAGCUAAUUCAGAAACUUUCGAGUGUUUAAUAUGUUUCACGGAAGUUACCAUUGGGGAAGGUGUUAUUCUAAGAGAGUGCUUACACCAAUUCUGUCGAGAUUGUCUAACCAGAACGGUAGAGUUUGCAGAUGACGCUGAAGUCAAAUGUCCUUACAGGGAUAAACAGUAUUCUUGCAACAUCGUACUGCAGGAUAGAGAGAUCAAGGCUCUCGUUCCGUCUGAACUCUACGAGAAGUAUUUGUCCAAAUCUAUAUCACAAGCAGAAAAUCAGAUGGAGAAGACCUUUCACUGUAAAACACCAAAUUGUAAAGGAUGGUGCACUUUUGAGGAUAACGUCAACGAGUUUCGUUGUCCUAUUUGCAAAAAAGUCAGCUGUUUAACAUGCCAGGUCGUACUUAUGAAAAAGUGGGGUUGUGAUUGGUUGCGCUGUUCAAUGUGCAAGACCGAAAUCUGUUGGGUUACCAGAGGACCUAGAUGGGGACCCGGGGGAAAAGGAGACACUUCUGGUGGCUGCCAGUGCGGAGUCAAUGGAACCAAGUGUCAUCUUCAGUGUAAUUACUGUCACUAAGCAUAGUUUCACCGGGUUUCACGGAAUACGAUAUAGUCGGUAGGUUUAAAGUACUAAUAAAAGUAGAAAAUCAAUUUAAAUUAAAAGGGAAUGCAGUGGCACCAGGCACCAGAGAAAGCAUAGAAAGCAAACAAGGACAUCAAAAGUUUGAAGUAAUUGAAAAUUAUUUAUUCAUUCAACACCCGUUCUAAACUAGCUUUUAGAAACAAUAUUUUUGUCAACAGUUUAAUUAGACUUCUCAGUGAAAGUGUGAAUAUGGUAGUUAAAAUUUUAAAUAAUUGUAUUAAUUUAGAAGGAAAUAAAUAUGAACCUGUGCAGUUUGAAACUUCA